AAAGGCUUUUAUCUUCUUCUUUUUUUUUUUUUUUUUUACAUUGUUGUUUUUCUUCAAAGAGACGCGGAAACUCCGCUCCGAUCUCGGGAGCUCCGUGAGAAUAAUAAUAAGAAGAGGCAGCAGAAGAGAUGCUCCCUCCAUCCGCGUCCCUUCUCCUGACUGCGCUCUGCCUCUCGGGUUUCGGAUGGUGCGCUGUGUUCAUCCAGCAGCCUCAUGACAUGGUGGUGGUGGCGGGGCAGCCUGUAACUCUACCGUGUGCAAUCACCGGCUAUCACGGCAUGGUCCUGUGGGUCAAAGAUGGCCUGGCUCUCGGAGUUAACCGCGACAUGUCAGGCUAUCCACGAUAUGACGUAGUAGGAGAUCACAGCAAAGGCGAGUACCACCUUCUGAUCCAGAGAACCGAGAUGGCUGAUGAUGGAAGCUUUGAGUGUCAGGGCAUCCAAGCCGGCAUAAGAUCCCGACCUGCCCGCCUCACCGUUCUAGUUCCUCCUGACGAUCCUGUGAUCAUUGGAGCACCCGUGGUGAGUCUGAGAGCGGGCGAGCCACUUAACCUGACGUGCCAUGCUGACAACGCCAAGCCGGCAGCCUCCAUCAUCUGGAUCCGUAACGGGGAGGUGCUUAACGGUGCCAUGUACUCCAAGACGCUGUUGCGAGACGGGCACAGAGAGAGCACAGUCAGCACGCUGUACGUCUCCGCAUCCAACAUCGAAAGUGGCCAGCGCAUCACCUGCCGAGCGUCCAACAAGGCAGCGCCCAACGGCAAAGAGGCCACCGUCACCAUUGACAUCCAGCAUCUUCCUUUGGUGAACCUCUCUGUGGAGCCACAGCCGAUUCUGGAAGGAAACCUGGUAAAGUUUUACUGCUCAGCCAAGGCCAACCCACCGGUCACUCAGUACAGAUGGGCUAAAGGCGGCAGUGUGAUCCGGGAGGCUGUAGGAGAGACAUACGAGGUGGCUGUGGAUCACUCAUUCUUCACCGAGCCGGUUUCCUGCGAGGUCACCAAUGUGCUCGGGAGCACCAACAUCAGCCGCAACGUCGACGUCUACUUCGGGCCUCGUCUUGCGGCCGAACCUCAGUCCCUGCAGGUGGAUUUGGGCUCGGAUGCCGUCUUUACCUGCGCCUGGAUGGGAAAUCCCUCACUCACUAUCGUGUGGAUGAAACGUGGCUAUGGCGUGGUGCUCAGCAACGAGAACACGCUGACCUUGAGGGCGGUAAAACAGGAGGAUGCUGGGAAAUACGUCUGCCGAGCCGUGGUUCCUCGAGUCGGAGUCGGGGAAAAGGUGGUGACUCUUACAGUGAACGGCCCUCCCACUAUCUCCAGCACCCAGACGCAGCAGGCUCUAUACGGAGAGAAAGGACAGAUCAAGUGCUUCAUCCGCAGCACUCCUCCUCCAGACCGCAUUGCCUGGUCUUGGAAGGAGACUGUGCUGGAGUCGGGGACAUCAGGGAGGUACACGGUGGAGACGGUGAGCACGGAGGAAGGCGUCAUCUCCACCUUGACCAUGAGCAACAUUGUCCCCGCCGACUUCCAGACCAUUUACAACUGCACGGCCUGGAACAGUUUUGGCUCCGACACCGAGAUCAUUCGCCUCAAGGAACAAGGGUCCCUGCGCUUGGCCGUCAUCAUCGGGGUCACAGUGGGAGCUUUCCUGGCGCUCAUCGUCCUCAUGGGGACCCUGGGGGCUUUCUGCUGUGCUCGCCUGCAGAGGAAAGACAUGCACCUGGUAAUGUCCUCACUGCCCGUCUCGCUCUCUGCUCGCCAGAGAGAACUCUCGAACACAAUUAAACCCGAAAGUCUCAAAGGGGUCGUCUCGGCAAAAAAUGACAUCCGGGUGGAGAUCGUUCACAAGGAUCAUAAUGCGGCGAGGGAGACGGAGGAGCAUGCGGGCGUGAAGCAGAUGAUGAUGGAGCGUGGAGAGUUUCAGCAGGAGUCUGUUUUAAAGCAACUGGAGGUUCUACAGGAAGAGGAGGAGGAGUUCCAGCACAUUAAGGAUCCGACCAAUGGCUACUACAGCGUAAACACCUUUAAGGAGCACAGCGCCACUACGUCAGCUGAAGUUCGCAAUCCAUCCGGAGCAGCAACGCUGGGUAAACAGCGAGUCCCCACGGGCAUGUCCUUCACUAACAUCUACUCCACACUGGGAGCUGCACCUAACCACCGACUGUACGACUACGGUGGCCGUUUUGUGCUGGCCAUGGGCUCCAGCUCCAUUGAGCUGUGCGAGCGUGAACUCAGCGAUUCCGGAUCCUUCCAGGAUGCCCCAUGUGAUAGCAGCGCGAGCAGUUACUUCGACAAAGCCAGCAAGGCCUCGGCUUCGUCCUCGACGCACCACUCACAGUCGUCAUCGCAGAACUCGGACCUGACGAAGCCGCUGCAGAAGCGAAUGCUCACUCAUGUUUGAGAAUAAACCUUUUCAGUGAACCUUGCCAGGAACCAACUGUUCCACUGGAAACCUUCAUUGCUUGGAUGACAUGGAACAUGGAGGUAUUUUCUAAUGAGGAACGCGUUUUGUAUGUUGUACUGAGCCAGUUGUUUCAUAGCGACACGCUUCU